GCGCUGCCGUCAGUCGAAAAACACAAAGCAAAAGAAGAAGAAGAAAUUGCGUUUGCAAGCAUUUUCUCGCAUGUUUUCCGCAAAAAUCACUUUUUUACAUGAUAAAUUUCUGUAUUUUAGUGCAAAAUAGUGACAAUGGAUGAAAAUAGUGGUGAUGAACCAUUGCCAAAUGGCUCCAAUUAUCACGUUAAACGCCCCGACGGCACUUGGCAUGCCGCCCAGAUAAUUCAAUCCCGGCUCAUUGAGUCCAACAACUACGAAUACUACAUUCACUACGAUGGACUGAAUAGGCGAUUGGAUCAGUGGGUGAAGCGGAAUAGGAUAAUUUGUAGUCCACCAUCGGAAGCUCAGAAAAAUAGCCACAAAGUUGAAUCGUCAUUUUUGGGGAAAUUCAACAAAUUGGAUCCUCAAUCUCCUUUGGCAGAAGUCGUAACGCCGAGCAAUGUUGUUGGGACCGGAGAGAAUGACAGGACAAUCACGAGGAAUCAGAAACGACGUCACGAUGAGAUUAAUCAUGUGCAGAAGACGUAUGAAGAGAUGGAUCCAACAACAGCUGCCCUGGAGAAGGAACAUGAGGCCAUAACCAAAGUCAAGUACAUCGACAAAUUGAGGAUUGGUCGAUACGAAAUAGACACCUGGUACUUCUCACCAUAUCCCGAGGAGUAUGGUAAAGUGAGCAAACUCUAUGUCUGCGAAUACUGCCUCAUCUACAUGCGCUAUGCCCUUCAGUACAAGGCUCACAAGGAGAAGUGCAAGAAGAGACAACCUCCAGGAGCUGAAAUCUAUCGCAAAGGGACAAUUUCAAUCUUUGAGAUUGACGGAAAAGAUCACGUACUGUACUGUCAGACUCUCUGUCUCCUGGCCAAACUCUUCCUGGACCACAAGACACUCUACUUCGACGUUGAACCCUUCUAUUUCUACGUCCUGUGCGAAAUUGACCGACAGGGAGCACAUAUCGUGGGGUAUUUUUCAAAGGAAAAGGAAUCUCCGGAGAACAAUAAUGUAGCCUGCAUCUUGAUCCUGCCGCCAUAUCAGAGAAAGGGAUAUGGAAAACUUCUCAUUGCCUUCAGUUAUGAAUUAUCUCGGCGUGAGGGCAUCAUUGGGAGUCCGGAAAAGCCUCUGUCAGAUCUCGGUAGGCUAAGCUAUCGCAGUUAUUGGGCCUAUACGCUCCUGGAGCUCAUGAGAGAGUGCAGGACAACAACACAGUCCGUCAAGGAACUCAGUGAACUUAGUGGGAUAACUCAGGAGGAUAUCAUAGCUACACUCCAGUCAAUGAAGAUGGUCAAGUACUGGAAGGGACAACAUGUUGUUUGUGUGACGCCAAAAACCGUCAAUGAACAUUUGCAAUUGCCGCAAUUUAAGAAGCCCAAACUAAUGGUUGAUCCACUCUGUUUGCGUUGGAUUCCACACAAGAGGAAUACACAGAAAAAGAAGAUUUAAUUGAAGGACACCCAGGAGAGAUUUUUUGAAGAUUCCAGAGGAUUACAGACAGUUUUAUUGUGAGAAAGAGAUUCAAUAAAGAGUGUUACUAAGGCGAAAAA